CGGGAGAGAGCGAAGAGGAAGUAUUCACUGAAGCACGCAAGUUGUCCGACCCACAUUUGAAGCCGUGGUUGAAUGACCAGAAUUCAGUGACAAAACUACCCCUAAUGGAAAUUGAGCGGAGCCAGAUACCUGGAGCAACAUUUGAACAGUCCUGUCAAAUUGUCCCUUUCAGAAGCUUACAAUACAUAUACAGUAUCCUCAGUAUAUGUAUUGUAUCUUUAGCUAACUGAAGAUGGAGUGGAAGUGAACAAGGAUCAGUGUCCGGCUGGAGUGGUUGGAAAAACAGCUUGAAAUUCAAGAUGGGGAACUACAGAACAAAAAUGCGUCAGCUGGGUCACCUUGAUGUCACAGUGAAUGGUGGUAAACAUGGGAAGCACUCUCCUUGUGGAGACCCACCAAACAAGAGGAUCAAGAAGCCAAAGAGAGGAGAAGUCAAUUACCUCCCAGAUUUUCCAGAGGGACAGGAUGACUCUAGCCUUGAGGAUGCUCGACAGCGCAUGGUGGAUGAAAUGAAGAAGAAAACUCCAAAUCGCGUCCUGAUCAAGCAGAAGAUGGAUCUGACAUUUGCUGUACGGAGGAAUGAGGUUGUGAAUGAUGAGCCUGCCAUUAUCCAGAUAUGUCAACGUUGGCCUGCUCUCUUUACUGAACACCAGGUGUGUCUGGAGUUUAGCAGAGUGGUUGGUAAGAGCCUGAGACAGGAGUUCUAUGAGGCCCUUGAUCAUCACAGUCCCAGGCUCAUGGAAAUCUUUAAGGCAAAGAGGGGUCUUACGGGGCAGGUGUUGGCUGACCUGAUGAGACAAACAAAGGCUUUGGAUGUGAUGGCGGUCAGAUGCCUUGUCCUCAGGGGGCUUCCUGUCAUUCUUGGCGAUGAUCCAUCUGCCUUCUUCAAGGCCUGCUUUGACACUGAUGAUGAGGAACGUCUGUACAGUGAUGUGCCAGUGGGGAUCCUCUGCCAUGAACAGGAAAACAUGUCUCCACACAUGCAGUCCCUUCACCAUAAUGCAUUCCCGGUGGGAAUCAUCUUGGAGGGAAAGAUUGUGAUGAAUGCUGUGAACCUGCCCCAGGCCAUGUACAUUGUUUUUGGACUUACCUAUGCACUGCAUCUCACCUACCCAAAGUACAUGAAAAACACUUUUGAUUUUGUUCAGCAGGUACUUAUGAACAUAGGUAAGACAGAUCUUAAACCUAAACUUCAAACACUCAAGAAUCAACUUGCAAUGUAAGAUUCAGAAUCUGGUCUUCCCAAAUGGUCAAAUGUGGGGUUUUUUUUUUUUUUAAAUAGGUGGAAGUAAAUUAAGUAUCAAUUGGCAGUUCUAGGAAACACAAAAAUAAUUUGGAUCUGCAUCAUUUGUUAAUAACGUUAAUUGAAGGGAAUGCACAAAAGGCUAGAGAGAAUGUUAGGAGAGACGCACACACUUAAAAAAAUAACGUAAAUGAUAAGAGAAAACGUGGGGGGUAGUGUGGAGGUAAGGUAUAGGGAGGGGAAGGGAGAGUGUGCCUCUAGUUGUAUUUCUUACCUGUUCACUCUGUAACAUCUGCAAGGGUGUGUGUGUUGUAGUAUUCUAGAUGAGACUGUGUUAUUUAUUUUGUUCUUUUUGGUGUAGGUCAGAUGCCGGAUCCCGGUAGAUUUUAGUUCCUGUUUUGUUGA